AGAAGGAAAUAUCACCGACAGCAAUGGGGGUUUCAGCAGUCAUAGGCUUUCUGGGUGUUUUAGGGGCAAUUUUCCUGAUGAACAGCAACACAGCAGUGAUGGAAGUUGGAAGAAAUCUGACUGCCUCGUUGUCCGCACUGUCUGCACUGGCUGACGCGUCGAACGGAUUGCAAGGAUUGAUAUUUUUCAUUUCGGCAUGUUGUACCUCGAUUGCAAUGAAGUUCCUGAAAAAUAGAUGCAGAGGAAAUGGUUUACCAAGUCUGCAGCAACAGACCAGCCCGUCUGAGGGCCCAGAAAAUGUCGAACAACCCAUACCAAGACGAAGAAAUCAGUCAAGUUCUGCCACAGCAGCUGCACGCCUGUGUAAAGAGGCGCUGAAAACAUUGUACACCACUACAGGUAGCUUUGUUCAACUGAUCCCGUGGGCCGAUGACGACAAAAUGCAUAUAAUGGACAUUUAUACAGACCUAGAGUUAGAAAACACUGAUGGCAAGAAAGAAAAAGUGGAAUCUUAUGAGGAUAUCCUACACCGUAAAACAAAAAAGGGACAUCCAAUCAAACGGAUAAUUUGUAAGGGCCAGCCUGGGUAUGGAAAAUCUACCCUCCUUGAUAAAAUUGCAUAUGACUGGGCGGUCGGCUCCGUCCAAGCACUUCUGAAAUAUGAUCUUGUGAUUGUUUUGAAAAUGGGGGCACUGCAACAGCAUUCCGACCUUGUCGAUGCAAUCUUUGAUCAGUUGUUGGAUGAAGACACACCGGUAAAUAAAUCCAAUCUGAAAUCUUUCAUCAACAGCAACCCUGACAAGUUGCUGAUACUUUUGGAUGGUUUUGAUGAAUUUUUAACCACCGACCUCGUUGAGACCUCAUUCGGAUCUAUCCUGAAAAUGCUCAAUCGAAAAGUGAAUAGAGAGUGUUGCGCUGUUGUCACCACUCGCCCCUCUCACUUCCACAAACUGGUGAGCAGAUCCUUGAUUGAAAGACCGUUCACCCAUGUGACUGUUUUGGGAUUCAACGAAGAAAGUGUUCAAAAGUAUGUGAACAAGUUUUACUCGGAAAAUACCGAUGAGGCACAUGAGCUUUUUAACACCAUUCAGUCUACUGACGUUUUGUUUGAAUUGGCGAAGAGUCCCAUGCUGGUGCUUCUCAUGUGCUUACUGUGGAGAGACGAUUCGAAACUCCCAGACACACUGACCCGCCUUUAUGAGAAAGCACUGAGAUACAUAUUCCGAAGAAAAUGUAAAGAUUGGUCGGACAAUGAGAUAUCACAAAUCUUGAUCCAACUAGGAAAGAUUGCAUUGGAAGGUCUGCUUGAUCCACAGCAGAUGCUCUCGUUUCAGGAAAAGGCAUUUGAGGGGACUUUGCUGUAUGAGGCCUUGAAAGUUGGUCUGCUGACAAAACAGAGAGUCUUAAAAGUCUUUGACGAACACAACACUGUUCAGUUCAUACAUAAAACUUUGCAGGAAUUCUGUGGAGCCAAAUAUCUGCAGCACUUGUUAGAAGCCGAUUAUGAGAAAUUUCAGAAGAUCUUAAAUGAAAUCGAUAGAAAAGUCACUAAGAAUCCCAACGAUUUUGAGUACCUCUUAAGAUUUAGUUGCGGUGAUCAUCCAAGUUGUACCGGUAAAAUUCUGAAUAUUUUUCGGGAAAACGUUCAUUAUGCCCUCAACUAUUACUUUGAAUGUCAGGCAAAUACAUUGUUAUUUGAGGAUGUUGUUGCAUCAGUUUUCUGCAAUUCGAUUAACUUUAUAAGAGAUAUGAUUAGAUUUAGUCAUUCCUUUUUUUGGCUUUUGAAACGAGUUGCUGAUGACGGCAGCACGUCUUAUCUUACCAGUGUACAAGAACUAAGUAUAAAUGAUUGGAGUCUGCAGAGGUAUGACGAUGAGUUACGAUGUGGUUUGUGCGAAAUGACCAAACUUCGAGGUAUCGAUCUGGUUAACACCUCUUUAACUGGAAGCAGUAUGAAUGUGAUUGCCCGAUCGUUCAAACACCUUGGAAAUUUGACUCGACUUACACUUUUCAACAACCAGGCUUUGAGUGGUUCGUUAACGUCGUGGGCACCUCAUUUGCAACUCUUGAAAAACCUGAAAACACUGGAAAUUGAGGAUUGCAGUCUAGAUGGUCGAGAUGUAAUAAGCCUGACGACGGCGUGUGGUAAAAUGCAAAAGCUUGAUAAGUGUUUGGCAACUGAUCAUACUCGAUCUAUGCAUAUGAUCAGGAACGAGUAUAACGACACAUCCCUUUCUUUAAAUAGAUGUUCAUUGGCGCUGGCGGGCGAUGAUCUGGCUGAAAUGUUUGAGUCAGUGGGAGGCAGGGGCGACAUAGUCAAAGUUCACUUAACCGGCAGUGGAACCAGCACCGCAGAAGUACAGCUAUGGGCCCCUAAAGUAAAGACUUUAAAGCAAGUGCGAGCAUUGAGCCUGAGCAAGUUUAAGUUGCAAGGUGCAGACAUAAAACACAUCGCUGCGGCGGUCGGUGAUAUGCCCACUCUGGCUACGCUGACUCUUAAUGACAAUAACUCCUUGGGAGGAUGCGCGGAAAUCUGGGCACCCGAUUUGCAGAAACUAAGGCACGUCAAGAAGCUGGAGUUGUGCAAAUGCUCCUUGACGCGACAAGACAUACCCCACAUUGUUGAGUCAUUGAGCACUUUGCCCUGUCUUAGAACGUUAGACCUCUCUGGCAAUGACCUUUGCGGCUGCACACCCUCUGACUGGAGUAGACUGAACAACUUGAAAAGGCUCCUCUUGCCUCCGCACUUAUCGAACGAUUUUAGUGAGAUACGGCAAUUUAUGCCAAACACAACUGUUAGGUAAAGUCAAGUAUAGUAGGUAACUACCACUGCUUGUACGUUGAGAUCCUCCCUAAAAUCUCUUACAAAGUUCCAGUGUACCCCCAUCCCUACCAUGUCCUACCCAGGUCCCCACUCCACCCCAAUCCCACUUCACACCCGUACCACCACCCAAUCACCCCCACCCACCCUCUCAACCUUAUCCCCGACCCCCAAUCCCACCUGAACCCCCCUCCCCGGCCGCCAUGAAGAUCAUUGAAAGCCAUACAUUGGAUGAUGAAUUUCUGCCCAGAUUUUUUUUUUUGCACAAACUAAAAAAUAACAUACGGAAACAGUGUUGCUAUCUUUACUGUCAGAAUUUAUGUUUAAAACUCUGGCCAUAAUGAUCAGUUAUUUGUGAUUUGCAUGAUUUUAUUUUUUUUAAGGAAGAUUGUAUAUUGUCUGUUUUGCAAAAAGAAAAAAACAGAUUCCAGAAGCUGAACUCUGGUAAUUGUUUUUGCCCAAAUGCAAAAACAAAACCAAGACCCAAUUUCGUGAAGAUGCUUACCAGAAAAUACCGCUCAGCGAAAAAAAAUGAGUACCAGUCACUAGAAAUGUACAUCGCAAAAUUAUAAUUGAAACUGAUACCCUUGAUUCGAAAAACUGGGGUUUUUUUUCAUUUAGGCUUAGCACAAUUCGGUGCUUAGCAGCUGCAUGCUGAACUUGCCAUCUGGUGACGUGGCGGGAAAAUGGAUUCACUGGGCCACCGGAACAAAAAAAAUGAGGUUUAUGCCUGCUGUUCAUUCAUCUUUUAUCGUUACUUGCCUCAUGUUAUUUAUUUUAUCAAUCAUUAUGUUGAAAUUCUUUUAUAUUUUCGUUGAUGAAUUUUUAUAUGAAGGGUCUACACCAAGCCCAUACAGUCGUAGGUGCACGUCACUCUGCACUAUUCAGAACUGAACAAGUACAACAACUCAGAAAAAUGUUACAGAUUCUGGUUUUGUAUGUUUCGGUUUAAGCCGCAGUAAAAUGUGUAUGCAGUCCCAUGUCUAUUAUUCCAUGUAUGUUGAAAAACCGUAUCAAUUGAGAGAUCUGUAUAAUAAAGAUGCAUGUAGAAAUAA